AUGAGGAAUCUUCCUGAUGCUGAUCCAGAUCAAUACACAGAAGAAGUAGAAAAUCGUUGUCUUAUAGACUUGAAUAAUAUACUUAUCUCUAUUAGUGGAAAUUCUUUAAAUCAUUACGGGCUCCCUACACCAACUGUUGAUUAUAGAAAUGCUAUUAAUAAUAGAGAAUAUUUAGAAGAAAUAAAUUAUGAUCAAUCAGUACUAUCACAAUUUUUAAUAGAAAAUGAGCCAAAACUUAAUAAAGAACAAAAUAAAAUAUAUAAUGAAGUGAUUAAUAGUGUGUCUACAUCCAAAGUAAGAAAUAGUAAAAAAAUAGCAUUAGCAGUUGCAUCUUCAGGUAUUGCGGCCACUUUAUUACCAGGUGGAAAAACAGCUCACUCAAUGUUUAAAAUACCUUUAAAUUUGGAUAUUACUGACAGUCCAGUUUGUAAUAUAUCUAAAAAUACUAACAAAGCCGAGCUUCUUCAGAAAACUUGCCUUAUUGUAUGGGAUGAAUGCACGAUGGCUAAUAAAAAAGCUAUUGAAGCUGUUGAUAGAACGUUACAGGAUUUAAGAGACACAACUUCGGUAAUGGGUGGAAUAACAUUUUUGUUUUCUGGUGAUUUUCGUCAAACACUACCAGUAAUAACAGGAGGUACAAGAGCUGAUGAAUUGAAUGCUUCUCUGAAACAAUCUUACAUAUGGAAUGAAAUUAAAAAAUUGUCAUUAUCAAUUAACAUGCGUGUGAAAAAAGAUUCAGCCUCUUUGGAAUUCUCAAAUUUAUUAUUGAAUGUAGGGGAAGGUACUUUAACUGAAAAUCAACAUGGCGAAAUUUUAUUACCAGAAGGGCUCUGUAAAAUUGUUUCAUCCAUUGAUGAUUUGAUCGAAAAAAUUUAUCCCGGCAUAAAUGAUAUUUCAAAUAAAGACAAUGAAUGGUUCUCUGAACGUGCUAUAUUGUGUCCGACAAAUGAAAUUGUAAAAGGUAUUAAUAGUGUUAUCAUAGAAAAAUUUAAUGCUGUUGAAAAAAUUUAUACAUCAAUUAAUACUACUCUUAAUCAAGAUGACCUUACUAACUAUCCUGUCGAGUUUCUUAACUCUUUGAAUACAUCAGGGUUGCCAGAUCAUAUAAUUAAAUUAAAAGUAGGCACUCCGAUAAUUCUUAUGAGAAAUUUGAAUCCACCCAAACUAUGUAAUGGGACGCGAUUGAGAGUAACUAAAUUAAUGAAGAAUAUUAUAGAAGCCACAAUAUUAACUGGAUCAGGUACAGGAGAAAGUACAUUCAUUCCUCGAAUUCCUAUUAUUCCUAACAAUUAUCCUUUUGAAUUUAAACGAAUCCAAUUUCCUGUCAGUGUUUGUUUAGCUAUGACGAUAAACAAGUCACAAGGGCAAACUUUGAAAGCUGCUGGUGUCGAUCUAAGAACAAAUUGUUUUUCACAUGGACAAUUAUACGUAGCGGUGUCUCGCGUAAGCUCAUGUGAUAAUUUAUAUGUUUUAUCUCCUAAUAACACAACACGAAAUGUUGUUUAUCCGGAAGCAUUAAAAUAA